GGAAGUAAGAAAUAUUUCAAACGCAGUGAGUUAGCUAAAAAAGAAGAGGAGGCCUAUUUCCAGAGAUGUGGCUACAAGCCAGUAAAUGAGAAGCCACCUGGAGAGGUACAGCAGGAAGAAGAGGAAGAGAAACCCCUGACUGCAUCAAAUCCAGUGCUGGAACUUGAACUGGCAGAAGAAAAGUUACCAAUGACCCUUUCCAGACAGGAGGUUAUCAGGAGGUUACGAGAGAGAGGUGAGCCCAUCAGGCUGUUUGGUGAAACAGACUAUGAUGCAUUUCAGCGCCUGAGGAAGAUAGAAAUUCUUGCACCUGAAGUGAACAAGGGUCUGAGAAAUGACCUGAAGGCUGCUUUGGAUAAGAUCGACCAGCAGUAUCUGAAUGAAAUCGUAGGUGGCCAAGAAGCAGGAGAUGAUGACUCACAGAAUGACUUGAAAGUCCAUGAGGAGAACACUACUAUUGAAGAACUAGAAGCUUUGGGAGAAUCCUUAGGUCGGGGUGAUGAUCACUAUGACAUGGACAUCAUAACAAAGUUCUUGAAGUUUCUUCUUGGAGUUUGGGCUAAGGAGUUGAAUGCCAGAGAAGACUACGUGAAACGGGGAGUGCAGGGGAAGCUGAACAGUGCCACGCAGAAGCAGACAGAAUCCUACCUGAGGCCACUCUUCAGAAAGCUUCGGAAAAGGACACUUCCUGCAGACAUCAAAGAAUCAAUAACAGAUAUUAUUAAAUUCAUGUUGCAAAGAGAAUAUGUGAAGGCAAAUGAUGCCUAUCUUCAGAUGGCCAUUGGAAAUGCUCCCUGGCCCAUUGGUGUCACCAUGGUUGGCAUCCACGCUCGAACAGGUCGUGAGAAGAUCUUCUCCAAGCAUGUUGCCCAUGUUCUCAAUGAUGAAACUCAGAGGAAGUACAUACAGGGGCUGAAGAGGCUCAUGACCAUUUGCCAGAAGCACUUCCCAACAGACCCAUCGAAGUGCGUGGAGUACAACGCGUUGUGAGGCUCUGCAGUGGGCAGCCAUGACUCUUACUUCCAUCUCCAGAAGCCAGAGACAGUUUGUGCUUUAACACCAACAGAACCUGGGGUGGGCUUCAAGGAAAAGCAAAAAGCAGCAGAUUUUCUACAGCUUCUUUUUUACAAGCCCCAUUUAUUUAGAUUUCUUUUUAAAUCUAUGCUUCAUGCUGAACACAUC